CUUCACUUUGUAGAAAGUAUUUUGUUUAUAUAUAAGGAGAGAUGAAAGACUUGAAUCGGUUAUUUUAAUUUUUUUCCAAACAAAUAAGGUGUUGAAAAUUAUUUCUACAGAGACCAGGCAUCAAGAAUGGAAUUUUCAGUUCGAAAAAUAUUGCUCCUUCAAUUAAUAUUUAUCAUAUCAUUUUCAUUUGCUGAAGAUAAAAGUCCUCUGGUUUUAAUUACAUGGAAUUAUUUUGAAGCAACUGAAAAAGCAUGGGAGACAAUAUACGAAAAAAAAAGAAGUUCUUUAGAUACAAUUGAGGAAAGUUGUAGUUUAUGUGAAAGUCUUCAAUGUCGAACGACUGUUGGAUUUGGAGGAAGUCCUGAUGAAAAUGGAGAAACUACAUUAGAUGCUCUUAUUAUGGAUGGAAACACAAUGGACGUUGGUGGUGUUGGUUUAUUAAGAAAUAUCAAAAGUGCCAUAUCAGUUGCACGUAAAGUUUUGGAAAAUACUGAUCAUUCACUUCUUGGCGGUGAACUUGCGGCAAAAUUUGCUGUUCAAAUGGGAUUUAAAAAUGAAUCAUUGGAAACAAAAAAAUCCACAGAUAUGUGGCAAAAAUGGAAGAAUAAUAAUUGUCAACCAAAUUUUUGGAAGAACGUAGUGCCAGAUCCUUCGAAAUCAUGUGGUCCAUUUAAACCAAUAGAGAAAGGUUCUCUAUUAGAAAAAACGGAAAAUUUACCUGUUUUAAAUGCGGAAAAUCAUGAUACAAUUGGAGUUAUUGCAAUGGAUAUGAGAGGACAAAUAGCCGCUGGAACUUCCACGAAUGGUGCAAAACAUAAAAUUCCCGGUCGAAUUGGAGAUUCGCCAAUUGCUGGAGCUGGUGCUUAUGCUGAUUCGGAAAUUGGUGCCGCCGCUGGAACUGGUGAUGGUGAUAUUAUGAUGCGCUUUUUACCCAGUUUUCUUGCUGUCGAAGAAAUGAGACGUGGCGCAUCACCUAAAGAAGCAGCAACGACUGCCGUUAAAAGAAUUGCAAAAUAUUAUCCACACUUUUCAGGAGCAAUUAUUGCUUUAGAUAAAAAUGGCAAUUAUGGAGCUGCAUGCAAUGGACUUAAUAGAAAAGAAUUUCCCAUUGGUUUUCCAUACUAUGUUGUCAAUAAAGAAUUAGGAAAACCAACAUUAAAAUUUGAAUCUUGCAUUGAUAGUGAUGAUUUUACGCCUUUUGUGAUUCAAUAUUUAUAGCAAUUGUUUUACAAAUACAUUCACAUGUUUUGUAACGUGUUUUUAUAAUUAAAAUAAAUAUUUAAUAAACGUUAAUAAAAAAAAAAGUUUUAGCGAAUA